AUGUUGCUGUGGCGCUGCGCGGCGCCGCACCGUUGCGGCUCUCUGCCACUCGAAGGCGCCAAUAAUUCGCGACGAUACCGACAAAACCACGUAAAAACAGUUCUCAGGUGGUGCGACCUGAGGAAGCCUGCAGACGGCCUGGCGCCUCACCCUGGCCGCCAGCUGAGCCUGGACAACGCGUCCAGCUACAACACCCUCAUCAUCAACGCGAAUGGUGAGCGAGGAGGGACUCGAACCUUGGGCCUCGCUCUCGCCCAACAGAUUGUCCAGUCUGCGCGACAGCUACAUUUCCGCGGCGUCGAGCCACUCGAAGGCGACUCUUCGGCAUCACCGACUCUGUGCGGCGGCGGGCUGGGCGGUCUGCAGGGCGAAACGCGCGAGAUCAACGAGAUUCCGGCCGACUACCUGAGCAAGUCGCGCGUCCUCAAGCACCUGGCCAAGGAGAUGAAGCAGGACGCGAAAGGAGGCGGCUGCCGGUGCUCGACGUGUCGCCCGAGAGACACGCGCGCCUCCUGGCGCACAGGUACUCGACGCCGGCGCCGCUGCAGGGUCGGCUGGCGCUCAGCAGGUCGCAGUCCGACCUGACGCAGCAGCAGGACCAGGAGCAGAGGCCAAGCCGCGACGCCGCCUCGAACUCGGGCUGCCCGAGUCGGAAAUGGUGCAGCUGCUGGUCAACGAGACCGCCACCUCAAGGCAGAGCUCGAGAUGUGCCUCAGGAAGGUCGCCAAGAGCCAAAAGUUGGAGGAAGAAGUGGCGAACAUUCACAGACCUCACCGCAGGAGCUGAUGCAGUCGUCGGAGCGGCGCGAAAAACUCGAACGCGCGGCAAGAGGACAACCGCCUCCUCAGGCAGCAGUAUGAGCUCCUUCUUGCCCAGAGGCCUCAGCCGAAAGAAUUUAGACAGCGGCUAGCGGGAUCGGCGUAGCAGAAUUUUGUUUGAGGCGGCGAUUGGCCAAUUUCACCAUUGGCUUGAAGGACCAGAAGACAUUUCUCUGCCGCACCUUGCCAAAGAUUCACUACGGCUGGCGGCUGCCUAAGUGACCAAAAAUAUGCCGGCUGACACAGCACGGCUGACUCAAACCUCAAUUUUUUUUCUUUUUAAUUGUAUCAUUUUUGACUGCAUUUAUGCACUUUUCAAAAUUAUAUAAUUAAAUAG